AUGGUGAAUGGUAGCCCGAAAGGUUUCUUUAGCAUCUCUAGAGGUUUAAGGAAAGGUGAUCCUCUUUAUCCUCUGAUUUUUGUUCUUAUUGAAGAUGUUCUGAGCCGUAAUCUGUCCAAGCUCUUUGCUCGUCGUAGUAUGCACUAUAUGGUCAGAAAGAAAGGUAUUGCUCCUUCCCAUCUGCUUUUUGAGUAUGACAUUCUUAUUUUCUGCAGGGGAAAUCUGCAAAGUCUUCAAAAUCUGGUUACUAUUUUGGGCAUGUACAAAAGGGCCUCUGGCCAGUGUGUGAAUUUUUCCAAGAGUCAAUUUUACUAUGGAGGUGGAUCUAAAUCGAGAGCUGUGGCAAUUUCAAAUUUUUUGGGAAUGAGGAGAGCCUACUUCCCUGACAGAUACCUUGGUAUUCAGCUAAAUCCUGGCAUUGUUAGGAUCAUUCAUGUUCUUCAUGUGGUGGAGAAGAUCAGGGACAAGCUUGUGGGUUGGAAAGGUCAGCUCCUCUCUUUUCAAGCUAGACUGGUGCUGAUUAAGGAUGUGAUUUCGAGCUAUAUUAUUCAUUCCAUGGCUGUUUAUAAAUGGCCACGUAUGGCCAUCAAGCAAGUUGAGAAGGCCAUUAGAAAUUUCCUUUGGUCUGGAGAUGCGGAGAAGCGUAAAUACUUCACAGUUCGUUAUGACAGCUUGUGUUGCAAGAAGAGUGAAAGGAGGGCUUGGUAUCAAAAAGCUGUUAGAUGUCAACAAAGCAAUGCUGAUGAAGAUUUGGGUAUUAGAUUGGUUUUCAAUUUUGUGCAAAAACACACAAGAUCAAUCAUAGGCAAUGGUGAGAACCCUUCCCUUUUCUUUGAUAGUUGGUGUGGUGAUUUUUCGAUUGCCAAGAAGCUUGGCAUUUCUUCCAAAGGGCCUAAGGAUUUUCAGGCAAAAGUGUGCAAUAUUAUUGCCGAUGGUAUUUGGGCAAUCUCUCAAGCUACAAGAAAUUUGAUGCUUCGUUGUAACAUUUAUGAGGAUAACUUGCCAAUUAUUGCUGGGGGUGAUGAUUAUAAGAUUUGGGACCUGGAUAAAAAAGGUGUUUUUUCGGUCAAAUCUGCUAAGGCAGCUAUCAACUCCCCAACUGAUAUCCAUCCCUGUGCAGCUCUGUUCUCGAGAAAGGUGGUGCAUCCUUCUUUGGGUGUGCAGAGGAUCUGGGUUUGGGCUGCUGGUAUCUUCAGUAUCCAGCCGAACGAGGAUCUAGUGAGUUCUUACCAGGAUGCAAAAGGUCGUAGUAGGAUGAUUAAGGAUUUGUGGUUGGUCACAAAUCUUGCCAUUGUCACGGAGCUGUGGAAGACUCGUAACAAGGCAUACUUUGAGAAUGCACCAAUUCAUUGGCUUGGUUUUAAGGGUCGGGUUUACCAAAUGAUCCGCGACAACUCAAUUAGAAUGAAGGGUCAUAUGUUCAACACUGUAGAAGAUUUGAGGAUUUGA